GACGACCCCCCCCCCCAGCACCUCCACUAUGGCCGGGGCGCUGGUGCGCAAGGCGGCGGACUAUGUGCGGAGCAAGGACUUCAGGGACUAUCUGAUGAGUACGCACUUUUGGGGGCCAGUAGCUAACUGGGGACUUCCUAUCGCUGCUAUUAAUGAUAUGAAGAAAUCUCCAGAGAUCAUUAGUGGCCGAAUGACAUUUGCACUGUGUUGUUACUCGUUGACUUUUAUGAGGUUUGCCUAUAAGGUGCAACCAAGAAACUGGCUUUUGUUUGCGUGUCACUUAACUAAUGAAUGUGCACAACUUAUCCAAGGGGGCAGACUGAUGAAAUACACGAUGGAAAAGAAGAAGUAAAUUUUCUAAAUUUGAACAAAAAACCAGGGAAUCUGCUCAUCUUGAAUUACAGCAAAGGAAAAGCGUUGCCAUCUACAGUUGUUGUGAUGCAGAUUGCUGCAUUGUUUUUAUCCAUUGUAAUAUUUAUCACAAAUACAAAAUUUUACCAACAUGACACACCAUCCUUCCACUAACUUACAGCUUUUUAAAAAAAUACUCCUUAGCAAUAUAAAUCAUGCAUCAGUUUGCUGCGCCUCAAUUUUUAUUUUCUAUAAAUGAAGUUCCUCCUCCAAAUCCUGUGUAGAAUAUUUUUAAGAGAGAACUGUAACCAGCUAUGAAACUAAAGGCACAGGACGAUUUCACACAAUGUGUUAAACUUGCUAAACCAACAUGAACUUGGAAGAUAAUAACCACAGAUACGUAGGUGGCAUACAUAUGCAGAACAAAUUAAACAUUAAAAAGCCAUUUAAUGUAGUAUUUCCUGACUAUAUUUUAUCAUUUAGAAUUUAUACCAGACUUCAACAGUGACUUGCUGAUUUGCAAGCACACAUUCUACAUUGGCCACUUCAGGUUAUUUGCUUAUUAUGGUUCCAGUCUAGUCUUAGUAAUGGGACCCAUGUUCUAACCUGAAAGUGCAUAUUACUUAUUUGAGGAAAUAACCCCUGGUACCUAGAGUUAACCUGAAAGAAGCAAAGUCUAGUUGUAAACUGAAGGAACGUAACAAUUUUUUUGUUUUUUGGGGGUUUUUUUUGUAACAAUCCAUAUUUAAGAAGCUGUAAAUGAAUUCUGACAUCCUUUAUAUUUGAUUCUCUGAAAAUCUUUCCAAUUCUUACUGAAAUGGAGAACUUUUUAUUAGUUAAAUUGAUGUUGAAGAGUUGGGAAGGACAAAUAUCUUUUGCUUGUAGUUGUCCAACUUCAUGUUGUGGCAGUUGACUUUUUUUCUAUUCAGUUCUGUCACAUGUUUUGAUAGUGGUAUUAAUAUAUGCAAAUAUAUUUAACAUAAUGUGUGCAACAGACAUUGUUUCUAAUGCAACAUUUUUUGAACAGUAAAAUCUGUCUCUAAAUAUUGGCAAUAAAUCCUUUCAGUGCAACUCUUCAAGUUAAUCUUUUUCACAAUACUGCUAUCGGAGGUAUUGAAGAACAUCCUCUACAUGUGGAAGGUCCCAUGGAAUCAAAGCUUCUGGUAUGGGCAAUCUACUGUAAUGACCUGAAGUAAAAUUAAAAUAAACUGGAGAACAAGAGUA